AUGCCGGCGGGCGCCGAGGAGCCGGCGGGCGUCGAGGAGCAGCCGCCCGCCCAAGGCCCGCCGGCGGCAUCUGAGAGACCGCCGCCUUCGGGCCGCCGCCGUCCGCCCCUGGCCGCCGCCGAUCAGGGGGAGGAGUCUGGAGGCAGCCGUGUGCUAAGGGGUGGCCGGGAACGGGGCCGGGCCGCUGCCGCCUCGGCCGUGGGGGGAGCCGCUGCCGCCGUUUCUCGCCGUCGUAAGGCCGAGUAUCCUCGGCGCCGGCGGAGUAGCCCCGGUGCCCGGCCCGCCGCCGAGCAGCUCGCCGCCGAAACGUCACCCGCGGCCAAGAAGGCUCCUCGGGCCGGAUGCACAGAUAAAGCAGCUGGUAAAGAUCCCAAAGAAGAGAAGGAGGAGGAGGAGGAGGAGGAGGAGGAAGUCUCCAGCGUGCUCAGCCAUGGCUCUCCUGCCAGCGCAGCCAGGCCCAGCAGGAGCUGGCGCAGCAGCAGGGCAGCCGCUGGGCGCCAGCGUGACCCUGAGCUCUCGCGUGCGGCCCGGCCCAAGGCUGCCUCCCUGCAGCUCGUCUGCAAGUCGGAGCCAAACACAGACCAGCUGGAGUAUGAGGUCACGGAAGGGCAUCAGUCUCCAGCUGGAAUCAGUGAAGAUGAGGAGGAGAUGCUCAUCAGUGAGGAAGAAGUUCCCUUCAAAGAUGAUCCAAGAGAUGAAACGUACCGGCCCCAUCUAGAGAAGGAAGCACCAAAGCAGAGGAGAAAAGCUAACAAGGUGAAGGAGGAAAAAGAAAAGCAGAAAGAAAUUAAAGUAGAAGUGAAAGAAGAGAGUGAGUUUCAGGAAGAUGAAGAACCACCAAGGAAGAGGGGAAGGAGGAGAAAGGAUGACAAAAGUCCAAGGCUGCCCAAGAGGAGGAAGAAGCCUCCAAUCCAGUAUGUCCGCUGCGAGAUGGAAGGCUGUGGCACAGUCCUUGCUCACCCACGUUACCUGCAGCAUCACAUAAAGUACCAGCACUUGCUGAAGAAAAAAUAUGUGUGUCCUCAUCCCUCCUGUGGUCGGCUCUUCCGCCUCCAGAAGCAGCUCCUGCGGCACGCCAAGCAUCACACAGAUCAAAGGGAUUACAUCUGUGAGUACUGUGCCCGAGCCUUUAAGAGUUCUCAUAACCUGGCAGUGCACCGAAUGAUCCACACGGGCGAGAAGCCCUUGCAGUGUGAGAUCUGUGGCUUCACCUGCCGGCAGAAGGCUUCCCUCAACUGGCACAUGAAGAAGCACGAUGCAGACUCUUUCUACCAGUUCUCCUGCAACAUCUGUGGCAAGAAGUUUGAGAAGAAGGACAGCGUGGUGGCCCACAAGGCCAAGAGCCACCCCGAGGUGCUGAUCGCCGAAGCGCUGGCUGCCAACGCAGGUGCCCUCAUCACCAGCACUGACAUCCUGGGCACUAACCCCGAGGCCAUCGCGCCUCCCACCGACGGCCAGGGCCUCCCCCUGCUUCCUGACCCCCUGGGCAGCACUGCCCCAGCGGAGUGCUUGCUGCUGGGCCCCGACGGGAUGCCAAAGCCCUACUGUGGCGGGGCGGAGCGCGUCAGCCUGGUGGCCGACAGCAAACUCUUUGUGGGCAGCGGCAGCAGCGCCAACCCGGAGGGGCUGGUCAUGAACACAGAGAUCCUGGGAGCCACCACGGAGGUGCUCAUUGAAGAUUCAGACUCCGCUGGACCCUAGUGUGGGUGGGGAGCACCUUGGGUGCUGGGACGCUGUAUUUAAAAAGAGGAAAAGAAAGAAACAAACGAAAACAGAGACACUGAAAGAGAGAAAAGUUAAACAAAACUUACAGUACUAGUAAAUAACCGAAGGGUCUGCUCCCCUCCAGUGUGGAUCACAGCACAUCCUCUUUCUUCCAACCACUUCUCUCUCUCUCCCACUGCUCCUUUGUAGGAAGGGGCAGGUGCUGCCAUUACCAGAGCAAGCUGGACUGAGUGAGGGAUUUCUGCA